CUCCUCCUCCUCUCCUCCUCCUCCUCCUCUCCUCAGCAGCAGGAUGGACGUGGUAAAUCAGCUGGUGGCCCAGGGCCAGUUCAGGGUCCUGAAGGUUCCUCUGGGCUUCAUCAAAGUCUUACAAUGGUUCUUUGCCAUCUUCGCCUUCUCCACCUGUGGCAGUUAUUCUGGGAUGUUCAAGAUGGCGGUGGAGUGUAAGAACCGGACGGACAGCGACCUCAGCCUCAGUGUGGACUUUGAGUAUCCAUUCAGACUCCAUCAGGUGUACUUCGACGCCCCCACCUGUGAGGAGGGGAAGACGGAUCGUGUCUUCCUGGUUGGAGAUUACUCAUCUUCAUCUGAGUUCUUCGUCACCAUUGGUGUCUUCGCCUUCCUCUACUCCAUGGCGGCUCUCAGCAUCUACAUCUUCUUCUACGAGAAGUACAAGGAGAACAACAAGGGUCCUCUGAUUGACCUGGGCGUGACCGCAGUCUUCACCUUCAUGUGGUUGGUGAGUUCUGCAGCUUGGGCCAAGGGUCUGUCCGACGUGAAGACCGCCACCGACCCAGACAAGGUCAUCACUAUGAUCCCUGCCUGUAACAGCGAGAGGAACCGGUGCCGUGAAGUCCACGACCCGGUCAUGUCCGGACUCAACACGUCUGUGGCGUUUGGUUUCAUUAAUCUGAUCCUGUGGGUCGGGAACCUCUGGUUCGUCUUUAAGGAGACGGGGAUCAUCGCUCCCUUCAUGCGGGCUCCGCCCCCUCAGGAGAAACCCGCCCCCGACGCUUAUGGCCAGCAGGGGGCGUACGAACAGGACCCGUACGCCAGCAACCAGGGGGGCUACCAACCUGACUACAACCAGGAGGCAGAAUACGGUCAGGGCUACGGCCAGCAGGGGGCGCCAACCUCCUUCUCCAAUCAGAUGUGAGCCGGCAGGAAGCAGGAAGUGUCAGAGUGAACCAGCCGUGGGUCGCCUGCAACCUACCCACAAUGCAACACUCCUGUCAGUCUGCAGCGUUAGGGUUAGGGAGGGGGUGGGGUUAAAUGUUCACUACAAUCAUACUUGUGUAAAUGACAAAAACAGAAUUCUAAAUAAGAAAAGUCCCCAACAAACCAACACCAGUGUGAUGAGUGGGACCAGUGAUGAUGUAACCUGUGGACAGGAUGUGUGUUUGUGUUGUAGACAUCACUUUCACCAGAUAAA